AUGUUGGGGGCUGACAUGUACGUGCUGGCUGGGGAGGCGGCCAAGGACAUGGCUGGUCCCUCCAUCAUUCUCUGCUUCCUGGUGGCCGCUCUCUUGUCGGUACUGGCUGGACUCUGCUACGCAGAGUUUGGAGCACGUGUCCCCAAGACUGGCUCUGCCUACCUCUACAGCUACGUAACCAUCAGUGAGAUCUGGGCUUUCACAACUGGCCAGAAUCUCAUCUUCUUCUAUGUGGUAGGUACAUCCAGCGUGUCUUGAGCCUGGAGCGCAGCGUUCGACAACAUCAUCGCUAAACACAUCUCCAACUUCUUCCUGAACAAGACCACAGUGCACGUGCCAGAGGUUCUGGCUGAGUACCCAGACUUCUUUGCUGUGAUAUUGAUUGCGCUGCUCACUGCAUUGUUGGCUUUUGGCAUUAGUGAAUUUGCCCUCAUCAACAAAAUCUUCAUGGCAGUGAACCCGGUGGUGCUGGGCUUUGUCAUCAUUGCUGGCUUCGUGAAGGGAGACAUCAAGAACUGGCAGCUCUCAGAGAAGGACUACAUUAACCACUCGGAUGUAGUAAAAAAAGCCUUUGGCUCUGGUGGCUUUGUCCCCUUUGGACUGGAAGGGAUUCUGACCGGUGCUGCCACCUGUUUCUAUGCCUUUGUGGGCUCUGACUGCAUUGCCACUACAGGGGAGGAAGCCAGGAACCCGCAGCGCUCCAUCCCCAUUGGCAUCAUCGUGUCCCUCCUUAUCUGCUUCGUGGCUUAUUUUGGGGUCUCUGCGGCCCUAACCCUCAUGGUGCUUUACUUCCUCCUGAGGAAGGACUCUCAGUCCUCUUGA